AUGGAUCUACGCGAAGAUACGUUGGAUCCCGCCCAUAGGAAGACUUUCAACUGGUUUAUAGAUUUGAGUGGCUCUUCCCGCGAAGGACCGUCGUCUCCUUUCCUACGAUGGCUCUCCACGGAGGAGCCAAUGUUUUGGCUCAGCGGCAAGGCAGGGUCGGGAAAGUCGACAUUGAUGAAAUUCCUGAUCACACACCCAGAUCUUGAUGCGGUCCUCCACACCACGAUCCCAGGCAAGAGAAUCCUAGUCGCCUGGCACUAUCUGUUCGAACGAGGCAAAGAUCCCCUUCAAAAAUCACUGGAAGGACUCUUACGCCACCUUUUGUAUCACCUCGUCUCCCAAAAUAAACUUUUCGCUAAGCCCAUUUUCCGGCAGCAGAAAGUCACCCGGACCUUCAAUUACCAAAAGAAAUGGUCGUGGAAAGAGCUGAAUAUGGCUCUCCAGGCGGUGUUGACAGAAAAGCCUCCCGAAUUUGAGGUGAUCUUGCUCAUUGACGGACUCGACGAAUAUCGGCCGGUGGAAAAGUUAUUGGCAACCGAGAACGGCCAAUAUGAUGACGACGACGACGAUGACGACGACGAAGACCCUAGCUCUGACCAAGCGAGAAUGAUCGCGGAUGGCCACCACGAGAUCGCAGACCUCGUCUGUAAGCUUUCCCAAUUCGAAAAUGUCCGCCUGUGUGUGUCGAGCCGCCCUCUGCUCGUAUUCCGCGACACAUUCGCGUCGUUCCCGUCUGUGGAGCUACACUCUCUGACUACCAACGACAUACGGUCCUAUGUAACCGAUCGCCUGAACGGGAACCAAAGCCUGAUGGAGCUAAACGUCUUGCGGCCUUCGUUUGCGCUUGAUGUCGAAAAGGAAAUACUGGCCAAAGCAGACGGCGUCUUUCUCUGGGUACGGCUUGUACUUGAUGUCCUCAUCCGAGGACUUAGCGACAGAGAUACUGUGGACGAGCUGCUUCACAAGCUGCGGAGUAUGCCGAAGCAGCUUGGGGGUAAGAAGGGUCUUUACAUGGCCAUGCUCCUAAACCUCCCGGUUGCCUAUCGCAAACAAAGCUACGAAUAUUUUCAGAUCUUGCAGCACGCUGAAGAAGAUCUCGACCCUCUGGUGCUAUCCUUUGCAAUAGAGGAUCCUCAAAUCGUGUUUACGACUCCUAUAGGACACUCUGUCCCACAAAGUGAAACGGAUAUCCGCAGAAAACGCACCAUGGACCGGCUCCUGAGUCGCUGCGGAGGUCUUCUAGAGAAGACGACAAAUAGCGACAGGAAAAACCCAUUACCGCGCGUCGACUUCAUCCAUCAGACUGCAAAGGAGUUUGUCAAGAAGCGAAGAAACUGGGAGUAUCUGCUACAGACCAGUGACAUUGCCAAUUUUGAUGGAUCUCUCGCGUUGCUCCGAGCGUCCGUUAUGAUGUUGAAGUGCUCAAAGGCACGGAACUUGCUAAGAUCGUCUAACGACCGCUGGUACAAGCUCCAUGUGUGUCUUCAAUAUGCUCGUGCCGCUGACCUCAUGUCGGCGGCCCAGACCGCCGAGCUUCUCUUGCUGAUAGACAAGACCAUGUUUUCCUUCAAACAGGCCGACACAUAUUUCCAUACCACACAUCCUCAACAAGGCCGAUAUAGUGGGGUUCCAAAUUUUGACGAUAUGCUCUCCAACUAUCAUACCAUUACGCAAGGCAGGACUAUGAGGCAAAAGACCGAAUACAUGUCAGAGCACUGGGCUGUUAACGACCCAUUUGAGACUGAUACGUUCAGUGACAAGAACUUUAUUGCCGUUGCGGUCCAAAACAACUUGGGCAAUUUCUUACGACUGGCAAGCAAAAACGGGAAGAUCGUCCAGAAGCUCUUUCAAACAAAAUAUCCCUUAUUGGCCUACGCACUGGUGCCCUGCAGCUUCAAGAACCAGUUUUUUGAUUUCGAACUGAAACGGUACCAGUCGCUGCCUAAUGUCACACAUGUGCUCCUUGAGCUGGGGCUGAACCCGAACGAGAAAUAUACAAUACCCUCUCUCCCUGUGUGGACAGUCUGGGAAGGAUUCUUAACCAUUGGUUAUUAUAACCUAGGAGAAUUGCCGCUGCUCCCGAUGGACUACCACGAGAAAGAUGACAAGGAAAUCUUUCGAAUCUGGUUAGGGAAUGCUCGCUUCCUCGUCCAGCAUGGAGCUGACGUUAACGCGACGGUUGACUCCUGGAAAGCCCCGUUGCUUUUGAGUUCCAGGCAAUACCGACGCUUGUCAGCUCUUUUCUGCGUCAUCCUGUGUCUGUGGCACACGUAUAAACACCAAAGCUGGCACGAGGGUUUACUAGAGAUGAUGGUCGAAAAAGGGUUUAGUCUACUGCAGGGCGAGCUUAACGACCUCCUGGAGCUGGCGGGUAUGUUCAAUGUUCAGCAGCCUUUUGUGCAAGGCGUUUUAGAAGCACUUGCAGCAAAGGCGAUAGAGAAUCCGCAGAGAGCGGUUAGAGGUGGCGCGUUGCCGCAAGACACGGUGCCUGCCGGCUUAGUCCAAACUUUAGGGCUAUUAUCAGUGGAGAACCAUCUCGCCCCUUUAACUUCUACCCAGAAUUCGAGUGGAAUACAGAGUACAAGGGCAGACUCUGUAAUAAAUGAGUGGACCGGUCCGGGAGUGGAGACAGAAGAGCUAGCAAGGCGGCGCGGCCUGAAGCGGGUGGGCAAGGGGUUUAAGCGGUUAAUCGGGCGGUAA